AUGUCCAGCGCCUCAACCCCAAUUCCCGUGGUAGUCUGCGGUCGAUCAACAGCCAUCGGCAAGCCAGUAUCAGAGUCCCUACUACCCGAGAUCGAAGUCAUUCACUUCAUCCAAACCAAUGAGGCCGCCAUAAAAGAGCUCCCCCUCCUGCUCGCAGGGCAAGACCCCCAAUCCACAGAUGACAACGGCGUGGGCUCACAUCAGUACGGCCGGCCAGUCCGUGCAGUCAUUUUCGGUCGAGGAUACGGCAUAGAUGAUAUUGAGUCGUUCAAGGCUGCGUGUGAGGGUGCUGCUCUAGAGCCAGUUGGUUGGAUUGCGGGGGAUCCUGCCAAGGCGCCGGCACCUGGUGCGCCGCCGCCGGGUCCUGAUUAUUUUAAGACUGCGUCGAAACUUACUAAGGAGGCUGUUUUUAAGUGGGUUGAGAGUGGAGCUGGAAAGGAUCAAGUUAUUCUUUACUAG